CAGACACCACCACCCUGGACUGCCGUCGUUCGGCCGAGCCAAUCUUCCCCCGUCCCGAGAAAGCUCGAGAUGGCUGGGUGCUUGCUCACCGUCUUUUGGGCUCUCGUGGGAGCUUGAUUUCCGGUUGGAAGACCGCCUAGCAGACACGACACAUGGAAAGACUCAAGGCGUGAGAGAAGGGUAUGUGUGUCCCUGGACCGACCUCGUGCCUCGUGUACCUUGUUUUCGUUGGUGGUGGUAGUGGUGGUGGCCAUGGCGCAUUAACCGGUGGGGGGUCUGGCCAGGGAUUUGUCGAAUGGUGCUCCGAACCUAUCAUGAGGUUGACGGUUGGAUCUUGGUUUCCAUGCAAUGAUACAGCGGUUGUUAGCUGGGUGAGGUAUUUGUCUGGUUGGGUUUCCAAACAGCUGUUGCAGGUCCAAUACUACCCACCUAUGCUUCCACUCGCGUCGUGUAAGCAAGCAACCAAAGCAACCUCGAUAAAGAUGAGACAGCCGACGAUCAAAGAAACAAAGCUCAACGGGAACGGACCGGGGUGAACGAACAAGCUGCCCCUCCCCCUCCCCCGCCAUAGCACGCUCGCUCAUGCCAUCCCCUGCCCGGUGCUACACAUCACAUGGAAGCCCAAAACAUACGACGGCCCGUGACAACUGGAUCGGUGAAC